CUCCGCCCCUACACGGCAGCGCGCUCCCGCGGCGUCAGGGAAGAUGGCGGCGCUCACCAGUCUUGCUCAGCCCUCCAGUGGGAAUCCUGUGUACGAGACACUUUAUAGGCAGGUAGAUCCUGGUAACUCUGGCCGGGUAGGACCAACGGAAGCUGCAUUAUUUUUAAAAAAAUCAGGACUGCCAGACGCAGUUUUGGGAAAGAUUUGGGAUUUGGCAGACCCAGAAGGAAAAGGAUUUUUAGAUAAACAGGGUUUUUACGUUGCCUUGAAACUCGUUGCAUGUGCGCAAAAUGGCCAAGAUGUCAGCAUUAGCAGCUUAAAUGUCAGUGUCCCACCACCAAAAUUUCACGAUACCAGCAGUCCCUUAUUAAUUGCAACUCUGCCAUCCACGGACUCACACUGGGCAGUUAGGCCAGAAGAGAAGGGGAAAUUUGAUGGAAUCUUUGAAAGUCUGUUACCCGUCAAUGGCCUCUUGUCUGGGGAGAAGGUGAAGCCAGUGUUGAUAAAUUCAAAGCUACCUCUUGAUGUAUUGGGACGGGUAUGGGACCUGAGUGACAUUGACAAAGAUGGACACUUGGACAGAGAGGAGUUUGCUGUGGCAAUGCACCUUGUGUACAGAGCAUUGGAGAAGGAGCCUGUUCCUUCUGUAUUACCUAGUUCUCUAAUUCCUCCUUCAAAGAGAAAGAAAAGCCCAGCUUCGCUCCCUGGCUCAGUACCAGUACUUCCUGGUUCUGUGCCUGUAUUACCUGCCAGUCCGCCACCGAAGGACAGCCUACGCUCCACACCAUCUCAUGGUAGUAUGACCAGCUUAAACAGUACUGGGAGUCUUUCACCAAAACAUUCUGUAAAGUCCACUCAGCAAACUGUCAACUGGGUGGUGCCAGCUUCUGACAGAGGCCGAUAUGAUGACAUCUUCCUCAAAACGGAUAUUGACUUGGAUGGCUUUGUUAGUGGCCAUGAAGUCAAAGAAAUCUUUAUGCACUCUGGUCUACCCCAAAACAUGUUGGCUCAUAUCUGGGCCUUGGCUGACACUCGGCAAAUGGGCAAGUUGACCAGAGAACAGUUUGCUUUAGCCAUGCACCUUAUUCAGCAAAAAGUCAGCAAAGGAAUUGACCCACCUCAGACUCUCACUCCAGACAUGAUUCCCCCAUCUGAAAGAGCAACCCCGGUAUCGAGUCUUUCAGGAUACAUGACCCCUGGGACGCCUGACAUGGCAUCACUAACUGAAAUGCGUCGUGCCAUAUUGCUUGAAUUCUGGGACAGCACAAGCUCUGUUGGCUCCGGGGAGUUCACGGGCAUUAAAGAACUGGAUGAUAUCAGCCAGGAAAUUGCACAGCUUCAAAGAGAAAAAUUCACUUUGGAGCAAGACAUAAGAGAGAAAGAAGAAGCCAUCAGACAAAAGUCCAACGAGGUGCAGGAGCUGCAGAAUGACCUGGAUCGGGAGACAAGCAGUUUACAAGAGCUUGAAGCUCAAAAACAGGAUGCUCAGGAUCGCUUAGAAGAGAUGGACCAGCAGAAAGCAAAGCUUGAAGACAUGUUAAAUGAUGUGCGGCAGAAGUGCCAGGAGGAGUCUCAGAUGAUUUCCUCACUACAGACACAGAUCCAGUCUCAGGAAUCUGACUUGAAGAGUCAGGAAGACGAACUUAGCCGAGCAAAGGUGGAGUUAAAUCGUCUACAGCAAGAGGAGGCUCAACUGGAGCAAAGCAUUCAGGCAGGCAGAGUACAGCUGGAAACCAUUAUCAAAUCCUUGAAGGCGACACAGGACGAAAUCAAUCAGGCAAGAAGUAAGCUUUCUCAGAUCCAAGAGAGCCAGCAGGAAGUUUCAUUGAGUAUUGAGCAGUACAACUCUGCACUGAAUGGGACUCACUGUGGAAGCAUGACUAACCUGGCAGAUAUGAGCGAAGGCAUUUCUGAGAAAGAGAAUGGUGGCUUCGGUGCCAUGGAGGAGCCAUUUAAAGCUAAACUGUCAGUGUUCAAUAAUUCUGUUCAGGAGUUGCACACAGAUCCCUUCCAGUCAGAGGACCCUUUUAAAACGGAUCCAUUUAAAGGUGCAGAUCCUUUCAAGGGCAGCGAUCCUUUCCAGAAUGAUCCUUUUGCAAAACCACAGGCAGCACCAUCAGAUCCUUUUGGUGGUGAUCCCUUCAAAGAAACUGACCCAUUCAAGAGCUCCACAACAGAAGAUUUCUUUCGAAAAUCAACAAAGAGUGAUCCCUUCACGUCAUCAGACCCCUUUAUAAAAAGUGCAACACUUCCCUCCAAGUCCCAUUUCUCAAAUGCUGAUCCCUUCGCCCCAACGACUAAAGGACCAGAUCCAUUUGGAACAAUUGACCCUUUUGGAAGCAGCACCUUUGGAAGCACAGGUGGAUUUGCUGACUUUAGCCAAAUGUCAAAGAGCCAGACGCCCCAUUCUGAUCCAUUUACAUCUUCAUUCAGCGGUCAGAGUUUCCCAGAAGACCCCUUUAGAGGCAAGCAAGACACUCCUGCACUCCCACCAAAGAAAAACGUGCCUCCAAGGCCCAAACCUCCAAGUGCGCUGGGCAGAUCAUUCUCCAGUAAAAGCACUCCAGUAAACCUGCCGGGCUCGGGUGACUCCUCCAAAUCUGGUGACCCUUUCCAGCCUUUUGGUGCUGACGACAGCGACCCCUUUCAAAGCAAAAAGGGCUUUGGAGACCCAUUUAGUGGCAAAGACCCUUUUGCUACUUCUUCCUCAAGUAAAGCUUCUAAAGACUCUUCCUUGGGUUUUGCAGACUUCAGCUCUUUUGGAAAUGAAGCCCAGCAGCUGGAAUGGGCGAAGAGGGAAAGCGAAAGGGUGGAACAGGAAAGACUGGAGAGGUUGCGAAGACAAGAGCAGGAAGAUCUAGAACUGGCCAUCGCACUCAGCAAGGCAGAAAUGACCAAUGCUUGACCAGUGGGGCCAAGCUGUCCAGCAUGAACUUUAAUAUAAUGGGCUGGUCAUAUGGGGCAAGGGGAUUACAGUAAGAAACACUCCUAAUGAAGCUGAACUUAUUUUUUUUUUUUUUUUUUUUUUUAAUGGUGGGGGGAAAUUUGGCAUUUUCUGAAUUUUGGGACUGAAGAACAGGAAGGAGGUCCUCCUCUCCUCAUUGUGAAUGAAGUGAAACACUGUAAAUUAAAUGUAUCAUAAAAUAAAAAUGGCGUAUAGCUGCUACUCAAGUAGAUGAGGGAUGGGGGGUGGUACGGUCGGGUCUGGCAUUGCACAGAGCUAAAAGGUUUGAAGCGAUGCCAUUUAUGUUUGCCUCAAAACAAAUGUGUACGAAAGUUGUGAAGAGGUCUGUUUAUCAUUCACGCUUAACUUUUAUAACCCUAAAAAUGGGACUAUUCCUAACAAAAAAAAUGUAGAAUGAUAGAGGCAGCGAAAGGAAUGCUUAGUCGAAGAAAUGAGGAGCGAUUCUUGCUUUUGUCGCUCCUUAAAAAUAAAAAAUGAAUAAUAAAUAUCGCUGAGCCCACCACCCCCACCCCCCAAACAUCACACUGAGCUCUGUGAACAAUGUUUUUUUUUUUAUUUCUCUCCAAUAUUUGAAUUGCAGCAUGAUGCCAAGCUGUUUUAUUUUAAAGAUAAAUAAUAGUCUCUUUAUUUUUUAAAAUGUUUGUUUGUAGGAGCUGCAGAUGAGAGGAACGUCAGUCAGGUGGCAGAAUCAUCUCAUCUAGGUUUUUUUUUUUUAUUUAAUGUUGCAAUAGCCAACUUGUUUGCGUGCGUGCGUGUGUGUGUGUGUGUGUGUGAGCGAGCACUUGUGCAUGUUUGUGUGGAUUAUUUUUUUGUUUUCACGCCUUUUACAUCGUUUUUCUUUGUUCAAGGACGAGGCAGAAAGCGCAAGUAUCCAAAUUUGUUUAUGCUGCCUUGCAUUACUGGAUAGUGUUUGAAUCUCGUUGUGCUGUAAAUAUGUUCCGAGUUAUCUCUGUCUUCUGCAAAUUCCCCAGUGUAAAUAGAGGUACAGCGUGGAAAAGGGGUGCUUCUCAAUUCUGUGGUGUUUUAAUCACAAGAGCAAAUUAUGCUCCUUUUCCCGUGCCACAUUUCCUGUGUUGGUCUCUCCUUUUUCUUUCUUCCUCCCUUUCCUAAAUUUGCACACUGUGCUACAUCACCAUGACACCCCCUCAAAACAAAUAAAGGUGUUCAUCCUCUCCCAAGGAGGGUACUUGGGUCUCUUUUAUUUUGUUUGUGGCUUACAUGGUUUGCACAGGGGUAUCUCUUUGAGGCUUAUGACUAUUCAGAUGGUGGCUGCAUUUACGUUAAAUUACAUGAUAAUUUAACAAAGGAAUCUGACGUUAAAAAGCAGCGCAAUUAAGUCACGGAUCCUGAAAGUAGUUAGUUUUGUGGAAACUGGGGGUCUGUUUGGUUCUGGUGAUGGGAACGGUGGGGAUAUUAAUGCAACUCUUGAUGUACUCAUUCGUCUGGCCCCCUUUCCUAAUACAUUUGAGUGUGCAUUUGGGUGAUUGGGCUCGGCUGGGAUGAGCAUUAAUGUGUUUGAACUGUACAUUUAUUUGAUUUAACGCACUUGAACGUAUGCAUGUUUGUUUUAUUGGACUUGGAUGUCGGUGUAAGAGAAGAGUCUGCUAUUCUUCUUCUUCUUUCGGCUGCUCCUGUUAGGGGUUGCCACAGCGGAUCAUCUUCUUUCAUAUCUUCCUGCCCUCUUCAUCUUGCUCUGUCACCCCCAUCACCUUCAUGUCUCCCUCACCACAUCCAUAAACCUUCUCUUAAUCCUUCCUCUCUUCCCCUUACCUGGCAGCUCUAUCCUUAGCACCCUUCUCCCAAUAUACCCAGCAUCUCUCCUCUGCACAUGUCCAAACCAAUGCAAUCUGACCUCUCUAACUUUGUCUCCCAACCGUCCAACUUGAGCUGACCCUCUAAUGUCCUCAUUUCAAAUCCUAUCCAUCCUCGUCACACCCAAUGCAAAUCUUGGCUUCUUUAACUCUGCCACUUCCAGUUCUGUCUCCUGCUUUCUGGUCAGUGCCACCGUCUCCAGCCCAUACAGGGGUAAUAUUAAACAAAAAAAGCGUGACGUUUAGCGAGGCUAUUUCUUCCGUAAUAAAUAAUGGAAAAUGUGAAGGUGUACCAAGUGUUGCUGAUUUGCCCACAUACAAUGUUUUAUCCCAAAAAUCAGAAGGUAAAAUUGACCAGUCAGUGUAUAAAUAUAAAUAGUGGUUGGAGGAUUCACUUGGACUCUACUUUAAUUAUAGGUGGAAUGAUGAACAGGAUUUUCAGAAUAUCCCUUGUCGUCUUCUUGUUCAGUUUGACUUAAUUCACAUUUGUGAACUGUACAAUCCGAUUCACAUCUUUCUUUUUCAAUCAUUCACAUUCCAUCCCCACAUGUAAUUUUUUCAAAAUUCUAUACGUUACAGUACAAGAUGUUUCCGCCAUUUUGUGGGGUCAGUGAUCUAUUGCUGCAGAUAAUCAGCAUUGUGUAAGUGAAACAGGGUAUAGCUGGAUCUCUUGUGCUCGGAUGUAUGCGUGUUUUCUAGACUUGAUGUUGCAUGGGUGUGUGUUUGGGUGUUUUUGCAUUAAUCUGUCAUGCGGACAUGAGCGUGUUCAGUUGGACUCUGCGCAUUUAGUCUGUUGUACUUUACACGGACAAAUGAUUGAAGUCUCCCCUGAGUUGUGUGCGCGUGUUUGUUAAUUGAGCCGUGUAUGGAUGGGCUCGAGUGUGUGCACGUUUUCUCAGUUAGACUUUUCAUGGAUGCUCUUUCACGUACCGUAUAUACUUGCAGAUAAGUUGGGACUUGAUUUUACUGUAUAAUUUCUGGUAUUGUAUAAUGUCGGUCGUAUAAGUCAAAGGCGGAAAACUGACUCUAUUGGUCUAAGAGAUUGUGAUACGCUAACACCCACCUGAGAGAGUAACCACACGGCCUUUUUCUUCUAUGUGGGUGUGGAAAUGCGCUGUAUCAGCGUGUGCUCCUAACCUCUCGCUGUCUCUUUUGUGCCUAUGUGACCACACAGUAAUACCCAAACUAUUCCGAAGCAAUAUUUGCACUGAUUUGUGUUUUUUGUAUCUUACACCCUCAUACACCUUUAUCAUAAGAGUAUCCCUUAUAUACAAUGGAGCGUUCGAUCAGAAGAAAAUAUGAAGCUGGUUUUAAAUGAAACGCUUUGAAGUAGCGAAGGAAAUUGGAAACUGCACUGUUGCAACAAAAUUCGAUGCAUUUGAGAAACUGAUGCGAGAUUGGAGGAGGCAAGAAGAUGUUAAAAAAAAUUAAGUGUCGCAUUUUUGAACGGGCGUGUAAGUCGGGGUCUGAUUUUAUGAUCGAUUUUUCGGGUUUCAAGACCCGAUUUAUACGCGAGUAUAUACGGUAUUUGUUUGGACUCUUGUCUUGACGCCCUUAAGUGUAGGUACGUGUGUCUGAAUUUUUGGACUCUCACUGGAUGCGGUUGAUUGUGUGUGUAUGUGGUAGUGUUGAUCGUUCACUUGAUCGAACUCUUCAUGGAUACCUUUGAGCCUGUGUGUCCAGUUGCACCUUUAUUCCAUGAUAAAUUCCUGCAUUUCCAUCUGUUGUUCCCUUUGUUUGUUAACCAGGUGCAGGCAAUUCAGGUUUUUGGGACAUCAGGCUGACAAAAUCCAGUCAUUUUGGUAGAUGGGUUAAACUUAUAGCGAUGCUGUUUGGAUUUUAUACUGUUGUUCUUUUAUGCAUUUGGGAGACACCUUUACCCAUAACCGUUUACAAUAUCAAGAUAUUUAAUUAUUUUUUACAUGUACUUUGGAAACAGUUAUAAUACAUAUAAAUACAGCUAAUGAAAUGACUUUAGACUACCCUGUAUAAUCAGCACAAAGCCCAUUCCUCCUUGUUUUUAGGAUUGAAGCUACAAGGUCUGCCACUUGUCUUCUCUCUUCGGUUUACUUUACGUUGUUCUGACAUAUCUGAGUAGGAAAACGAAAAGAGCGAAAGGUAGGUCAUUUAAAAAGGAAAAAAAAAAGGCCUUACGCUCUCCUGUCCUUUGUCUACCUGCAUUAAUGAACACAGAGGAAGUAAAUUUCCUAAUGUAUAGAUCUCUAAUGACUUCUACUAGGGAAAUGUGCUAAGACGACCACGCAUUGAGUGCGUACAGUCAGUAUACGCUGUGUCCGUUAACUUUUGUUUUAUUUGAUUGAUUAUCGUUGAUUACUGAAAGCAUUAAAGGAAAUCCAAAACCUGGA